AUGUCCCGUCUUUACCAUAUCUACAACCUCCUAAUCCUAAUUACUAUUCUCUAUCUAUCACCCACAUGGGCCCAAUCAGUGGAACCCACAGACCUGGCCAUGCCACAAUCGGCCUGGCACCCAAAUGGAGAGAUCGGGAUUCCAGAGGAAAUAACAACAGUAUGCCGACGAACAAUCGUCACAGCAUCAGCCUCCAACACAACAGGAAUACCCAAACCCUUCGACACACUCUCAUACAACUUCGCCAACUCAACCACGUGCAUCGACUUCUUCACAAAAUGGCGCGCAAACACAACAAUCUCAGACUGCAACGCCAUCUCCCUCCUCAUCGAGAACUCAAACGCCUUCUUCCACGCCCUCAGUUCAGCACCUGCAACAUCCCGCAUCCUGGAUACAUCCUGCUCGGCGAAUGUCACACAAUGCGCAUCCAUCAUGACCGCUCUCGCAGUCGAUCUCCUCAAAUCCGAUAACUGCGGCGAGGAUUAUGACGACGGGAACUCCGUCGUCAAGGGCACGUAUCGCGAUCUCGUCGCUUACGAACCAAUGUACCGCGCCACUUGUCUCACGAACCCUUCUUCCAAGGAUUACUGCUUUGUCGACGCGGUGUCGAAUUCAACAGCACCCGAUGAUUACAGUGUCUAUCUCAUGCCGCUGGGAACCCCGCUUACUGUCGGGGGUGUGCCGACUUGUAAUAAGUGUCUGAAGGCGACUAUGGAUAUCUUUUCGAGCUGGGCGAGACGGGACGGCCAGUCUCUUGAUACGACUUAUCUUCCAUCGGCGAAGAUUAUCAAUACGCAUUGUGGUGAUGGCUUCGUGUCGACUAAUGUCACUGUUGGAUCGGCGGAUGUCAGGGCUGGGGCGGGUCUUGCUGUCCCCUUGCCUAAGUUUGGAAUUGUCACUGUCAUGGCUUCGGUUCUCGGUGUCAUGCUGACAGGCCUGUUUUGA